UAAUUGGUUCUUCCGAAGCAAUAAAAGAUAAAUAAAAAAAAAGACAUGGCAGCUCAACGUCCGCUGGUGAUGUUGGCGGCGAUGAUGGCCAUGAUGUACAUGGCGGCAGCGGAUGGCCAUGGCGGAGGAGGAGGUGGAGGUAGAUAUGGUGGCGGUGGUGGAGGAGGUAGUGGAGGCGGAGGAUUCGGAGGAGGCAGUGGAGGCGGUGGUUUUGGAGGAGGCGGCGGUGGAUAUAGCGGUAGCAGCGGAGGUGGUGGAUUCGGAGGAGGUGGAUUUGGCGGUAGUGGAGGUGGAAGCCAUGGAGGCGGCGGAUUCGGCGGUGGUGGAUUUGGCGGAGGCAGCAGCGGUGGAUAUGGCGGAGGAGGUGGAGGCGGUGGAUUUGGAGGUAGUGGAGGUGGAGGCCAUGGAGGCGGCGGAUUCGGAGGUGGUGGAUUUGGCGGAGGCAGCGGCGGCGGCGGCGGUGGAUACGGCGGAGGCAGCGGAGGCGGAGGCGGUGGCAGUGUAGCUGCUGGAAUUCUGGUUGGCAGUGGAACUCUCUCGGGUGGAGGCGUUGGUGGUGGUGGCGGCGGCGGCUACGGAGGCGGAAGCGGAGGCGGUUUUGGUGGAGGAAGUGGAGGCGCAUUUGGUGGGGGAAGUGGAGGUGGAUUUGGAGGACACGGAGGCGGCAACGGAGGUAGCAGCGGUUCAGGCGGAUAUGGAGGCUAAAAAGAGCUAAUUAUUAUUGAAAAUAAUAAAUCAAUUUAUCAUACUAUCCCUAUCCAUUCCAUCAUGAAUUCUAAGAUUCUAAGAUGAAAAGUAUGAAUUAUAUGGACUAUCUUGAUAAGGAACUUCUAUUCCCAAAAAUGAAUCAUGCGUGGAUGGUAAAGCAGAUUCCUUUUUAUCAAGCAUAAACAAAAUAGAUAUGAAUUAAAAAUAGAUCCCAGUGACCUGAAAUAUGCUUAUGAAAUAGUGACAAUUUGAGAACUCAGUCUAUUAUUAAUUGGAAACUUCUAAGAAAAGAUUCAUUUACUUAUUUAUUUUUUGGUCAAUGGAUAUGGUACCAAAAUUAGUCCAAAAGGACAGUUCUGAGUGGGUCGAGGAACUGAGGAUGUUACAAUAUACUUAAAUAGGAAAAAAA